AUGGCGGCGCUGCUGCACCAGCACAGGGAGGAGGACUACGGCGGCGGCGGCGGCGGCGGCGGCGGCGGAAGGAGGGGAGAGAUCGAGGAGGUGGACUUCUUCGCGGCCAGCCGGAGGAGAUGCGACUCCGGCGGCGACCGGGAGGACCCCUUCUCCGACUCCGACGUGAAAGUGAGCUCCUCCACCACCGCCGCCGCCGCCGCCGCCGCCGCCGCUGUAGAUAAGAAGUUCUGAUUCAAUUUACAGUGGAGGGCGCUGACGGGUGUUUCGGUGUCUGGUUUGGUCGAUGGCAGAUCGGGUUGCAGCUUACGACGGCGGACCGGUGGCGGGAGGGGGAGGAGGAGAAAGUGAGAGUUUACGGGAUAAUGGUGGGGGGAUGAUGUGUUUGAGGGGAUGGAUGGAUGAUGGGGUUGGUGGCUCAGGUUCUUACGUUUGGUUCGACCAUGGCAGAUGAGGAGGCUCCGCGGCGAGCUCGAGACUGCGAGCAGCGAGAACCGGCGGCUGAAGGUCGUCCUAGAGCAGGUCUCCAGGGAUUACAUCGCCCUUCUCUCCAUUCAGCGCCAAGCUCGCCAUGGCCGUCCCCCCCAGGUCCCCCUCUGUCGACUUUACCUCCACCUCUCUCUCUCUCUCUGUCUCUUUCUCUCUCUAUCUGUGUAAUCUCAUUUCAGGAUGUGUCGAUGCACAGGGUUACACUGAGAUAGACCAGGUGACGGGUGGGUUAGGGUUAUCAGAACAGCAAGAGCAGAUCAGGCUGGGGGAAGAGAAGAGCCAUCUUCUCGACGACGGCUUCGGGUCGGCUCAUCGCAGGUCGCGAGUCUCCGUGAAGGUCCGAUCAGACGCUCCUAUGGUGAGAUCCUCGCCGCCAGCCCUUCCGGCCUCCUCCUCAUCAUCGUCAUCAUCCUCCUCCUCCUGCUCCUCAUCAUCAGAAUAAUAAUAGUCAUCAUCAUCAUCAUCCUCCGCCGCCUCCGGUCGUCUAGGGUUUUGGCUGACGGUGAUGAGGCAGGUGGGCGAUGGGUGCCAGUGGAGAAAGUACGGGCAGAAGGUGGCCAAGGGGAACCCAUGCCCGAGGGCCUACUACCGCUGCACCAUGGCUGCCGGCUGCCCCGUUCGUAAGCAGGUGCAGAGAUCGGCUGAAGACAGAGCCCUCCUGAUCAUAAACUACGAGGGCCACCACAACCACCCCCUCCCCGCCGGCGCCGCCGCCGCCUUGGCCCUCUCCGGCGCCGGCGCCGCCGAGGAGAGCCUUUCCUCCGCCGGCGAGAUCCAGCGUCAGCCGUUCCCGUUGACUCCUGCGGCGGCGGAGUGGGGGUCUGAGACCAAGAGCUCGACGGUGGAUAUCGUCACCGAGGCGAUCACGUCAAACCCCCGCUUCACGGAGGCGUUGACCGCGGCCAUCACUUCGAUCCUGGGGACCCCUCAGGACACCGUUGCAACUGAGACCCCACUGCCUCGACAGUGCUUCACUCCCUUUGCCACUAACUAG